AUGGCUCUUCUGAUGGGACAGUAUGCUUACUCAAAGAUCGAUCAGGAAGACCCGGAAGAGAAAAAACAUCGACAAGCUCAAUCCUUGAUCUAUAAAAUACUUCUGCAAGCGGAUGAUCGACGAAGCCCAUCGUUUUUUAGAAUCAGGAUAUGCAAGUUGAAGGUUAAGAUUGGGAAGAGAAUAAAGAAGCUGAGAAAGAGCAUGUCGUUGGGUAUGUCUGCGGCCAGAGUUGGUGUUUACAAACGAGUAAUCAUUCACAUGAAAACAUGGAAGCGCCUUUUUCAACGUGGAAAUCAGACCAUUAAUGUUAGCGGUCUGGAGUAA